AUGGGAGCCAAAAAUCAAGCUAUAAGCAAGGGUAUUUUCAGUGAGUCAUCUCCCGCACACGGACACGGACAGCCUACAACAACAACAACUCGAACAAGAAAGCCCCAUGGACUUAUUGCUGAAGACUGCAUCACCGACAUCAUCUCCCGCACCAUCCCUCGUCACGCAUGCCACUUGUCUUUGUUUUCUAAAAUUUUCAGGUCCGCCGCCGAUUCCGACGUAGUUUGGGAGCGCUUCUUGCCACCUGAGUGCCAAUCCAUCAUUUCUAAGUUUUCCAAACUCACGUUGCCGGGGUUUGCGUUCCAAGAAGGAGCUCUUUCGCCACCUCCUUCCUUGGAUACGCAAAGUGGGAAGAUAUGUUGCAUGAUAUUUCCCAGGGACCUCACGAUUACGUGGGGUAAUCUUCCCACAAAUUGGACGUGGACUUCUCCUCCAGGCGCAAGGUUUAUAUCUCGGCUUUUUCUUGUCACUUCUAGUUUUAUCCGAACUGUUUUUGGAUGAGCUUAAGUUUAUUCGCAAUUUUACAGGUUGCCAGAGUUUGCUAAGCUUAUACGUGUAUGUUCGCUCGAGAUAAGUGGAAAGAUUAGUACUCACAUUUUGUCCCCAGGGACAAAUUAUACGGCUUAUUUUGUGUACAAGCCAACAGAAAAGCCUUACGGGUUUGAAAAUCAGCCUGUAGAGGUCAGUGUUGGACUUGUGGGAACCGAAAAGCAAAAACGAUCGGUGUAUUUGGAUGCAGUAAGUCCGAGCAAGCGAGAUCCGUUAGGGAUGUUUCAUAGUUUUCUUGAUCACCGCCUCAGUCUCGAGUUCCUGGCAUCUUGGGCAAGAGCGGAUUAUGGCCAUCAUCCUAGUCUUGUUUAUCGCCGCCGCAGAGUCAAGCGGCAGGCAUCUUUGGCAAGGGAGGAUGAUGGCCAUCAUCCUAAGAAGAGAGGAGAUGACUGGCGUAAAGUCAAGUUAGGUGACUUUUACAAUGCAGGGGAUGAAAACGGUGAAUUGGAAAUGCGUAUGGAGGCGAGGAGUGGUGACUGGAUGGGUGUUCUCAUUGUUCAAGGAAUUGAGAUAAGGCCAAAGCAGGGUGUAUAAAUAAGCGAUCUUCUGUACCUAGUGUUUGUGUGUUAAUUCUGUAUAGCAUGUGAGGUUCCCUUAAGUGAUAUGGCAAUUUGCUUGUUCUGGGAUUCA